AUGGGUUGCUGUGCAUCUGUUGAAUCCAACGACAAUGGAAGCAGAUUACGAAACGACGAAAUCGAAAAACAGUUACGAUCAGAGAGGCAAAAUAUUCAAAACGAAGUCAAGUUGCUUUUACUUGGUACUGGCGAGUCUGGAAAAUCCACCGUCCUCAAACAAAUGAAACUUAUUCACGAAGGCGGAUUUUCAAUGAGCGAACGUCUAGCUUACCGCGAAAUUAUUAUCAGCAACACAAUUCAAUCAAUGCAGGCUAUCCUGGAAGCUAUGGACACAAUGGAUAUCAAGGUUGCAGAUCCUGAGAACCAGAUGUAUGCUGACACUGUAAAACACAUCCCAGGACAUGCCGAUCAACUAUCAGUAAUGUCACCAGAUGUGGCUAGAGCUAUACAAGCAUUGUGGGAAGAUCAAGGAGUCCAGACAGCUUAUCAUCGAAACAACGAAUAUCAACUAAUCGACUCAGCAUCCUAUUACUUCAAUACAAUCGAACUCAUUGGCGAUCCUAAUUAUGUACCAACAGAUCAAGACCUCUUGCAAUCACGCAUAAAGACAACUGGAAUUACAGAAACAAAAUUCGUCUGGAAUGGUCUGAAAUAUCGAAUGUUUGACGUAGGAGGACAACGAUCAGAGCGCAAGAAAUGGAUACACUGCUUCGAAAAUGUUACAGCAAUCAUAUUUCUAGUAGCUGUUAGUGAAUACGACCAGGUUCUCAUUGAAGACGAAUCUGUAAAUCGCAUGCAAGAAGCAUUGGUUCUAUUUGACUCUAUAUGGAAGUCACGAUGGUUUGAUAGAACAUCGAUCAUAUUGUUCUUGAACAAAAUCGACAUUCUAAAAGCCAAACUUCCUCAGAGUCCAAUCCAAAGAUACUUUUCAGAUUACACAGGUGGAGAUGAUUACAAUGCAGCUUGUGAAUUCUUCAAAUGGCGUUUUCUAUCCCUCAACCCUGCAUCUGCCGAUAAACAAGUUUAUACUCAUUUCACAUGUGCAACAGAUACCAAUCAAAUUCGAUUUGUCAUGACAGCAGUAAAUGAUAUUGUCAUGCAAACAAGCAUAAGAGACAUGGGCUUGGUAUAA